CGGGGUCGUUCGCAGAUGCCGGAGGAGACCCAGGCCCACGACCAGCCGAUGGAGGAGGAGGAGGUGGAGACGUUCGCCUUCCAGGCGGAAAUCGCCCAGCUGAUGUCCUUGAUCAUCAACACUUUCUAUUCGAAUAAGGAGAUCUUCCUGAGGGAGCUUAUUUCAAAUUCGUCAGACGCUCUGGACAAGAUCAGGUAUGAAAGCCUGACCGACCCUAGUAAGCUAGACUCUGGGAAAGAGCUGCACAUUAACCUCAUUCCAAACAAGCAAGACCGGACCCUCACCAUCGUGGAUACGGGGAUUGGAAUGACCAAGGCCGAUUUGAUCAAUAACCUGGGUACUAUUGCCAAGUCGGGAACCAAGGCGUUCAUGGAAGCCCUGCAGGCUGGCGCGGAUAUCUCUAUGAUCGGCCAGUUUGGUGUCGGCUUUUAUUCGGCCUACUUGGUUGCUGAGAAAGUGACUGUGAUCACCAAGCAUAACGACGACGAGCAGUAUGCCUGGGAGUCUUCCGCGGGAGGGUCCUUCACGGUCAGGACCGACGUAGGGGAACCCAUGGGCCGUGGAACGAAGGUCAUCCUGCACCUGAAAGAGGACCAGACGGAGUACCUGGAGGAGAGGAGGAUCAAGGAGAUCGUGAAGAAGCACUCCCAGUUCAUCGGCUACCCCAUCACACUCUUUGUGGAGAAGGAGCGUGAUAAAGAGGUCAGCGACGAUGAGGCCGAUGAGAAGGAGGAGAAGGAGGAGGAGCGGGGGAAGGAGGACAAGGAGCCCGAGGACAAGCCGGAGAUCGAGGAUGUGGGCUCUGACGAGGAGGAGGGAGAGAAGAAGGACGGGGCCCGGAAGAAGAAGAAGAUCAAGGAGAAGUAUGUGGACCGGGAGGAGCUGAACAAGACCAAGCCUAUCUGGACCCGGAACCCUGACGACAUCACCAACGAGGAGUACGGGGAAUUCUACAAGAGCCUGACCAACGACUGGGAGGACCACUUGGCGGUGAAGCAUUUUUCAGUGGAAGGACAGCUGGAAUUCAGGGCACUUCUUUUUGUCCCAAGACGUGCUCCCUUUGACCUGUUUGAAAACCGAAAGAAGAAGAACAACAUUAAGCUGUAUGUGCGCAGGGUUUUCAUCAUGGACAACUGCGAGGAGCUGAUCCCCGAGUACCUGAACUUCAUUCGAGGUGUGGUAGACUCUGAGGAUCUUCCUCUAAAUAUUUCCCGGGAGAUGCUGCAACAAAGCAAAAUUCUGAAAGUCAUCAGAAAGAAUUUGGUCAAAAAAUGCUUAGAACUUUUCACUGAGCUGGCAGAAGAUAAGGAGAACUACAAAAAGUUUUACGAGCAGUUCUCUAAAAACAUUAAGCUUGGAAUCCAUGAAGACUCUCAAAAUCGGAAGAAGCUCUCGGAGCUGUUGCGAUACUACACAUCCGCGUCUGGUGACGAGAUGGUCUCCCUCAAGGACUACUGCACACGGAUGAAGGAGAACCAGAAGCACAUCUACUACAUCACAGGUGAGACCAAGGACCAGGUCGCUAACUCGGCCUUCGUGGAGCGCCUCCGGAAGCACGGCCUGGAGGUGAUCUACAUGAUCGAGCCUAUUGAUGAGUAUUGUGUGCAGCAGCUGAAGGAAUUCGAGGGCAAGACUUUAGUGUCGGUCACCAAAGAGGGCCUGGAACUUCCAGAAGAUGAAGAAGAGAAAAAGAAACAGGAAGAGAAAAAAACCAAGUUUGAAAACCUGUGCAAAAUCAUGAAGGACAUCUUGGAGAAAAAAGUGGAAAAGGUGGUUGUGUCAAACCGAUUGGUGACAUCCCCGUGCUGCAUUGUCACAAGCACAUAUGGCUGGACAGCAAACAUGGAAAGGAUCAUGAAGGCUCAAGCCCUGAGAGACAACUCAACAAUGGGUUACAUGGCAGCCAAGAAACACCUGGAGAUAAACCCAGACCAUUCCAUCAUCGAGACCUUGAGGCAGAAGGCGGAGGCAGACAAGAACGACAAGUCUGUGAAGGACCUGGUCAUCCUGCUCUAUGAGACUGCGCUGCUGUCCUCUGGCUUCAGUCUGGAGGACCCCCAGACACAUGCUAACAGGAUCUACAGGAUGAUCAAGCUGGGUCUUGGUAUCGAUGAAGAUGACCCCACUGCUGACGAGAGCAGUGCUGCUGUGACCGAAGAGAUGCCGCCCCUGGAAGGAGACGACGACACCUCACGCAUGGAGGAAGUCGACUGAGCUCACUGGAGGGUGACCUGCACACGUGUUCGAUACUUUACCUUCAUUCCCUUGGAUGAUAUAUUUUCAAGGACUUCUUUCUUUAUUUUUGUUAACAUUUUAAAAACGUGUAUGGCAUGAUAACUGCUUAAAGGAAAGAUCCGGUUUCUUUCCCUCUAGGUGUAUGAUACUGUGAUGCUCCAAGCACUAAAGCAGAGCUCGCCGUGCUUUCCUAGUCCGCGUUGGCCUGUUUUAACAACGGGGUUAUGUUUGCUGUAAGAUACGUGUUGCCUAUUGUUUGUUAGCUUUGUGGUCUAAAGUGUUUAUCUCAAGCAGAUUCCUAAGUAGACAAGAUCUGUCGCUGAAGUUUUCUGAGAUACAUCCAUGGUUAAAACAACUUUCAUCCCCUAGGAUCUACUUUCUAAGCCUCACACACCCUGUAGUUAUCAACUGCAUGUACGGCCUCUAGAAGUUAGUGUGCUGAGCUGAGCAGCUUGAUGGGAGGAGCUUUCCAUAGGGCUUGUUUCAGAGAAGUGUUGUUUAGAGUAGCUUCAGAACUGUAAGCUGACCCAGGCAUGUUGUAAAGCCCUUCAGCAGUUCCCCGGAGCAAGUUUUGUGAAUAGAAAUGUAGCGCUUGUCAUGUUCUGCUUUAAAAGGUUGUUGCAAAUACAGACAAAUUAAAAGGAAAA